CAUACUAAAAUCGCUCUUUAUUUUUUGUUUAAUUUAUCAAUGACUUUAUCAAACCAAAAUAAAAAAUAAAAAAAUCAUUUUAUGUUUGCUAAAAUUUCAUAUGGUUCAAUAUGGCCACAUAAGCCACCAUUCCCGCCAACACAAACCCUAGGGUCAUGCUGAAAUUGAUUUUGCAUUUCAUAACUCAAAUUUCAAAAAGGAGGCCAAUUGAAACAAGUCUGUUUAAUACUUCAACAACGCUUAAAUUUCAGGUUGUACUCCAAGGAAAUGCAGGAGAAAAUCACGGCGGGAGGAGACCGACUCAGUGAUUUGCCUGACCCGAUCCUAAUCCACAUCCUCUCUAAGUUGUGGGACGGAAAAAAACAAGUUGUUCGAACGAGCGUAUUGUCUACACGAUGGCGGUUUCUUUGGAUGUCCGUUCCAGUUUCACUCAAUUUCACCUUCCCCGAUAGUGAAAAACAAAAUGUCACUUUAGAUUACCUAUCUUCCACCCAUAGAAAACUUUAUUACUAUAAGUCUUUCGAGAAAAUCCGGAGAUUCAGUGUGUGGGGCCUUAGGUAUGAGGAGCGUUAUGCUAAAGAUGUUGAUUUAUGGGUACAUUUUGCCUGUACUAAAGUUGAAGAAUUUACACUUGGACUUUUAUGUAUAAAUGACCAAAUAUAUGAGUUUCCUCAGUUUGCAUACAAGGGUAAGAUGUUGAAAAAUUUGGUUUUAAAGAAUCUCAAACUGAACCCUUGUGUUAAUUGUAGUCUUGUUUCUCUUGAAAUUGGGUACGUGAAAUUGACAGAUGGUGUCAUGGAAAAGGUAUUAUCUGGUUGCCAUAACUUGGAGUGCUUGGAAUUAGAACAUGUUUCAGGCAUACAUCGUCUUGAGAUCAGCUCUGUGAAGCUGAGAGAAUUGACCAUACGAGACUACUACGAUGAAAAUCUCGAAAUAUUAGCCCCGUAUAUUCAACAUUUGGAAAUUUUGGGAAAGGGCAGUGAGAUACGUAUCGAGCAGAGAAAUGUGGCUUCACUUUUUUAUGCAAUCCUUCGUUUAGAUUUUGAUUUUGAGGAUGAAGAACGCAACUUGGAGAAGGAAUGUAGCUAUUUGAAGGAACUUCUUCAUGGUGUUUCCCAUGUCGAGAAUCUUGAAUUGGGUAGCUGGUGCAUCGAGUGCCUAUCCAUCUUGGAGUUGAAAGGGUGGCAGUUUCCACUAUCAAGCCGGAAAUUCUUAGAACUUAACAUAGCCUUAGAACAAUCAGACUUCCUUGGAAUUUGCAGCUUUUUGCAGAGCUCAUCGGAUCUUGAGACAUUGGCCAUCGACUGUUGGGACAAUCACAAUGCAAGAGACACCUUGUCAAGGUACACAAAUGAGGAUGAACAGACCAGGAGGUUUGAGACACAUAAUUUUAACGGCUCAUUUCCACAUCUGAAGACCAUCAAGAUUGAUAACUUUUACGGAUCACUAAGUGAAAAUAAGUCUGUGCUGUCAUUGGUAAAAUAUUUGCUCAAGCAUGCAACUGUGCUAGAAAAUUUUGUCCUUGCUGCCUCGUUCUUAGGGAGUGAUGUGUCUCUGGAUUAUGUUAAAAUGGCACAGGAGAUCCUAAGCUUUCCAAGAUCCUCUCCGCAUGCUUCAGUUGUCUUUUCUUAUUGAUAACCUUUGGCCCCCAUCGUUUGAAUCGAUUGCAGCAUUACCUAACAGUUGUAACCUCAUGUUUGAAACUGGUUUUGUAGUUGAGAGACAAGGCUAGAAUUGUACUUGUCAGUAUCCAAGUAUCUGUUAGUUGUUCUUCAUGUCUAAGUGACAUGUUUAUUCUCUCAUCUUCAUGUCUAAGUAACAUGUUUAUUAUCUUAUCUUCAUGUAAGAACGAUUGCUCUAAAUGUUUUGUGAUUUUUGUUGACAUUGCUGAAUCCUGAUCAUGUUUUAUACUAUGAAUAUUUAAGGUUGAAAAUAAUUUUGCAAGAAUA